AUGACCUUAGAAACGAAACCUCUCCUCGGGGAAGGGUCGUCUGUCCCGUCAGCGACCUUCGCCUCGUCCCGGUCCCAGUCGUCUGCCUCCGCCCCUGCCCGCCUUCGCCUCCCGCAAGCCAUCGCCCACCGCGGCUUCAAGUCCCUGUACCCGGAAAACACUCUUCUCGCCUUCCGCGGCGCCCUCGACGCCGGCGCUCACGCGCUUGAGACGGACCUGCACCUGUCCCGGGACGGCGUCGUGGUGCUUUCGCACGACGGGAACUUGAAGCGGUGCUUCGGCGUCGACAAGAAGAUAAACGAAUGCGACUGGGCGUACUUGGAGACGCUGCGGACGGUGAUGGCGCCGGGAGAGACGAUGCCGCGGCUGGAGGACUUGCUGGUUCUCCUGGCGGAGAAGGGGGCGGGGAGGGAAGGGGCAUGGGUGCUGUUGGACAUCAAGACCGACGACCCGCCGGCGGAGCUGCUCGGCCGCGUAGCAAAGGUCCUGGAAUCGACACCGGGCCCCGUGCCUUGGGAGAAGAGGAUAAUGUUCGGAUGCUGGAAUCAACCCUAUAUAACGCACGUCCGCACCAUUCUGCCUGCCUACCCCCUCGCCCUCAUCUCCUGGUCCCCGAUCUACGCCCGCGAGUUCCUCUCCGCCUCGCAGCCGAACCUGUCCUUCAACAUGUUCCAGAAGGCGCUCGUCGGGCCCGUGGGGCAGCGCUUCAUCAGGGACGUCCAGAGGGCCGACAGGCGGCUCUUCGCCUGGACCGUCAACGACGAGGAGUGGAUGGAGUGGAGCAUCCGCGCCGGGGUGGAUGGCGUCAUCACUGACGAUCCGGAGCUGUUCCUCGAGGUGUGCCGGCGCUGGAAGGGCGACGACGACGACGAAAGGACAGUCGCGCUCAAGGCCACGGGUGAGGACCCCGCGGCGCGCGCGGCCAGGAGGGCGGGCCACGUCCGCAACGGCACGUGGAGGCGGACGCUAAGGCUCCACCUCAACGUCGCCGCCAUACAGGUCCUCGUGCUGCUGUUCACGCCGGUGUUGAUGAUCGUCGCGCGGUUCGGCUUCGUCGGGCCGGGACCGAAGACGGCCAAGGCGUUGAGGCUGUGA